ACAGAAGGGAACACAUGGGGCUCCGUUUUGUGCAAAUGUGCAUCAUUUUCCAAUUUGUUUACAACAUCAUUGAUUGUUUUCGAAAAAUUGCAUCAUUCAACGAAUCUAAUUGUUUGAUAGCUAUGAAAUAAGCUUUGUCUACGAUUCAAUCGAAUUUUAUACAGAACUUUUGCAGUCAAAUUUGCAUUGUGCAAAAAUAUGGCGUCUCACCGGCGUGUGAUUUACCUUGCAAGACGAAUGUUUGGUGUGAGUUCUGCGAGCAGAACAACCAUUCAGUCCGUGACAGACGUGCCUACAGUCUACGUUUCCCGCAUGAAAUACAUUUUGGAGGGCAAUCGUCUUCCAUUUGAGGAUGGCUUCACCUGUCUGACAGUUCCAACCUGUCCAGUCGGUUGCGAACAAAAACCGCCAAAGGGAAAGUUUUUUAUCAACAAAACCACAGGUUUGUUUGUUUGUCACGCGUGUGGACAGACUGGCUCUUGGCGAUGGCUGGAAAAAAGAUUGAUGGACCAAACGAAAAACGGAGCCAGCUUGAACCCUCCAAGUUUCCCUCAUAAUGAAAGCUCGAAGAGUCAGAGUGAACCAGUACCUGAAAACAUUAUGUCCAGGUGUGAGCCAGCAUCCAUAGUUACCAACAAGGUGCUCAACAAGUGUCUGCAGAAGCUUAACAUAGAGCACGUCCAGAGAGAACAUUUGGCACUUCUCGGUGCUCUGGUCGGCCCUGCCGAGAUUCUUCUUCCCCUGCGAGGACCGUGCCAAAACAUUGGCGCUUGGAAGCACCUCUACCAAAGCAGCGAUGAAACAAAAAACCCCGCGGAGGCACUUCUUGGUGUUAAAUCACUGGGUCAGCUUCUCUUGUCCAACGAAGAAGCCUGGAAGACAGACAAAGUUGCGCUUGUGGCGUCAGGUGCUGACUUGUUGGCUCUCACCUCCCAGAAGAUUCCUGCUAUUUGCCUCGACUCCCAGCACUUGCCACAAGAAGUACUGCCAAGAUUGGAGCAUUUCAAGACAAUCUCAAUUUGGUUUGGGGAGCAUCAGUUGCAAGCGAAACGAGUGGCCAGAAAGCUAGGGAUUAGUCGGUGCAAAAUGAUCAGAGCUCCUGAACUGCUCAACGGUCCACAUAGUGUAUUGCUUGCAAAGGAGCCAAAUAGUGUUAAAUUAUCAGCCCAACUGCAGCAAGCAGAAAACUUGACGCAUCCAGCUGUUGUAUCAUUUUCGACAUUACGAGGAGAGGUUUUGGACGCUGUCACUAGAAGAGAUGCGAGCAGAGGCAUGCCAUGGUCACGUUUCCCCCAACUUACUGCGACUCUUGGCGGAUUCAGAGACGGAGAACUCACCGUGAUGACUGGACCAACUGGAAGUGGCAAAACCACCUUCCUAUCUGAGUAUUCUUUGGAUCUUUGCAUGCAGGGAAUGAGUACGUUGUGGGGAAGCUUUGAAAUCAGAAACACACGAUUGGCAAAGACCAUGCUAACUCAAAUGGCUGGCAUGAAUUUGGAAACAAAUUUAAACCGUUUUGACGAGUUUGCUGACAAAAUGGAGCAACUACCUCUGUACUUCCUCGACUUCCAUGGCCAGCAGCCGUUGAAGACAGUAUUGAAUGCAGUGAAUCACGCUCAGUAUGUGUACGAUUUGGGUCAUGUGAUAAUCGACAACGUCCAGUUCAUGCUAGGACUUGGUGACUCAGAGUCAAAGUUUAUAGACCGUUUUUACAGGCAAGAUCAAGUGAUUCAAGCCUUUCGAGCCUUUGCCUCUGCCACAAACUGUCACGUCACCUUGGUCAUCCACCCUCGAAAGGAAAGAGCAGAUGAGGAUUUGACAUCGAAUUCUAUAUUUGGCAGUGCAAAAGCUAGCCAGGAAGCUGACAAUAUUCUCAUUAUUCAGAUAACAACUACAGCUGACAAAAAACAGAGGAAGUUUCUCCAGGUGGCUAAAAACAGGUACACCGGAGAACUAGGUCUGAUGCCACUCAGUUUUAACAGAGAGUCUUUGAGCUUUGUGAGAAAGAAAGUGGUGCCAAAGGUGAACGACGCUGAAAAAUCUGAGGAGAAAAAGGAGCCUGAAAAUAAUGAUCUAACCAAAUUAGGAAAAUCAAAAGUUGAUGAUUUUGAGCUGUUCCUCAAAACACAUGCUAAUGUGCUCAAGUAGCAGUUUUUAGGAAUUUUAUUUUUAAAUUCUAUUUCGCUGUAGCAUAGCAUUAUUUUUUUAAUUGAAAGUAGCUAGAGCAUGGAAUAUGCUAAAAUAUUUCUUAUCUAGUUUAGCCAUCAGGAUUACA